ACAAGUCGAGUCGAGACCUCAUCGAAGUCGGCGGCAUGGGUGUGGCGGCAUUGGUGUUUGCUGGAGUAUUGAUAGGCGGUGCAUUGUCAGCUCCCACUUCAAAAGCCACUCUGCCCGAGCUCUUGCCCCAGCCAUCAACACAGAAUGUUGCUCCUGUGAACUACAUUUCCCGCCAUCAUGCCCAGGAUGAGUUAGGCCAAGUCAACUAUGGGUUUUCUCACCCUGGUCAAUCCAAGAACGAACUACGAGAUUCCGCUGGGAACGUCGCAGGUGCUUAUAGCUACAUUGAUGCUGACGAUAAGGUCAUUAUUGUCGAAUACACUGCUGGAGAUAAGGGAUUCCAAGUGACGAGUAACAACCUUCCCAUAGCAGUAUCCGAUACUCCAGAGGUUCUUGCUGCUAAGCUACAAUUUGUCGAACAAUACAAUGCUGCUGCUCUAGCCGCUGCUGCUGCUAAUGAUGCAAAUAAUGAAUUGCCUGCUAAGGAUUCCAGCACUAGUAACAUUGCAGUUCCAGUUCAAGUCAUUUCAAGUCCUGUCAGAGAUACACCAGAAGUCAUUGCUGCCAAAUUGCAGUUUGUUGAGGCUUACAAUUCUGCAGCUCUUGCUGCUGCUAAUGCUCCUGAUGACCCUACUGUACCAUCCAAGGUUACAGAAUACAGAUCAAAGGUGCCAGUAAAUUCUAUCCCCAUAAAGGACACUGCAGAAGUCAUUGCUGCUAAAUUGCAGUUUGUUGAGGCAUACAAUUCGGCUGCCCUUGCUGCUGCCAAAGCAGAAGAAAACCCUCCGACUGAUGGUUCUGCAAAGGUCACCAUUGUGUAUGGUCUACCUGUGGUACAAGACACGCCAGAGGUUUUGGCAGCUAAACUAAAGUUUGUUGACGACUACAAUGCAGCUGCCUUGUCAGCAGCAUUAGCUUUAGAUGACAAAGUUCCCAGUAUCACUGAGGAAUCCAGAGAUGAAGAAGAAGAGCCAGUGACAGAACUUGGCAUUAUUGCUGAACAGGUACCUGAAACUACUCUUUCACCAAGGAAUAUUGAUGAGCACACUGAACCUACAACUAUUGUCCCUGAUCAGCAAGGAACGGGCAAAGAAACUGUAAAAAAAAUUUAUCCUCUCAUACCAACAAAAGUCGAGGGUUCUUCAAAUGAAAAACCGAAAGAAGUAGAAGCUGAAUCUGGUGUUGCUGAGGUCACCAAACCAGCAGCUGAUUAUUCUUUAUACAAAUAUACACUCUCAAAUUCUGGAUUACAUGUUCCUCAAGUCCAUACCUACGAUGUAAGUGUGCCCAUAAAACCUGAGGCUCCUGAGACUCCAGCUGCUAAAACAUCCGUGCUUCCUAAACCAGCCUAUCAUGCAAAUACUGAGGAUCAACCCAUAGGAGUUCCUGUGACACACAUAAAUCGGCAUCAUGCACAAGAUGAAGUGGGCCAGGUCAAUUAUGGUUACUCAUACCCUGGUCAAGCUCAACAUGAAUUGCGUGAUGCCAGUGGAAAUGUUGCUGGUGCUUACUCAUAUGUGGAUGAGGAAAAUAAAGUUAUUAGAGUUGAAUAUACAGCAGGGAAAGAUGGAUUUCAGGUAAAAAGCAAUAAUUUGCCAAUAGCUGCUCAGGACACUCCAGAAGUUUUAGCUGCAAAACUGCAGUUUGUAGAGGCCUAUAAUGCUGCAGCCAUUGCUGCAGCAAAUGCUCCUGAUGAUCCACCUGAAUAUGCCUUACUGGAUGAAGAUAGCACUUCUGUACCAUUCAUUAGCCCAAAUCCAGUGCAAGACACUCCAGAAGUUCUUGCUGCAAAACUGAAGUUUGUAGAAGCUUAUAAUGCUGCUGCCCUUGCUGCUGCAAAUGCUCCUGAUGAUCCAGAAGAAUCUGUCUCACCUGAAGAAGAUUUUACAUCAGUGCCAUUUGUUAAUCCUAAUCCCAUAAAAGACACUCCAGAAGUUCUUACUGCAAAACUGCAAUUUGUGGAAGCUUACAAUAUCGCUGCCCUAGCUGCUGCAGGAGUGAAAAAUGACCCAGGGCAGGAAGAUAUUCCAAAAACUACUACACUUAAUUAUGCUUUACAUCCAGUUAAAGAUACACCGGAAGUCAUAGCAGCUAAAAUACAGUUUGUUGAAGCAUACAAUGCAGCUGCAUUAGCAGCUGCCAUGGCUCCUGAUGAUGAAAUACCACACAAUGAGGAGGAAACUGGAGAAGUUCAAAAAUACGCUGCAGCAAACCCAGUUUCUGUGACAGACUCUUCUGUUGACAUUCCAGUAGCCAUACCAACUUCUCUCCAAGUUCCAUCAGUUGCUGUCCCUGUCACCUACAUUUCCCGGCAUCAUGCCCAAGAUGAGCUGGGUCAGUUUAACUAUGGCUUUCAUCAUCCAGGCCAAGUAAAGAAUGAAGUGCGAGAUGCCGAUGGAAAUGUUGCUGGUGCCUACAGUUAUGUGGACUCUGAUGACAAAGUUAUCCACGUCAAGUACACAGCUGGAGAGGAUGGUUUUCAGGUAGUUAGCAAUAACCUUCCAAUAGCACCUCUUGACACCCCGGAGGUACUAGCUGCAAAGCUACAGUUUGUUGAGGCUUACAAUGCAGCUGCUCUUGCUGCUGCCGCAUCUCCAGAUGAUGUUGAACCAGAAAGUUCUUCCAGUGAUGUUAAUUUUUCUGUGCCUUCUGCAGUCAAGGACACACCAGAAGUUCUUGCUGCUAAACUGCAGUUUGUUGAAGCUUAUAAUGCAGCUGCUCUUGCUGCUGCCAAUGCUCCAGAUGACCCAAAUGUGGACACCAUAGAUGGAAAAUCAGGUGAUCAAAACCUAGUUAGACACACCCCUGAGGUUACUGAGGCCAAAUUGAAUUUUGUUGAAGCCUACAACAAAGCUGCCAUUGCUGCUGCCUCAGCGGAGGCUCCUGACGUAGCUGCAAAGAUUGCAUAUGCCCCUUAUCCUGUGAAAGACACACCUGAGGUUAUUGCUGCUAAAAUAGCAUUUGUAGAAGCAUACAAUGCAGCUGCACUUGCAGCUGCAGAAGCCCCAGAUGAUGAUGUCAUAUAUGAUACAACAGAGGAACCUAGAGAAGAUGAAGCUAUCACUGUUCUUGGGGAAAAGAGUACAGAGGACCCUUUAACAGAUGCAGUUCUAGAAAGCAAGACCUCACAGAACUUGGCAGUAAGUUAUCUCUCCGAGGUGCCUCAGCCCUUAGAUGAUUUGGAAAAGAAUUCAGAGAUUACAGAAACUGUUAUUCCCAGAACAUCUUCACAGCUCCAGACAUUCAACUUUCCUUUCUCAAGAUAUGCAGGCUACUUCCCAGUAUCAGAUGGCACUGCCCCUACAAUGUAUACAUAUUCUGUUCCUUAUGGGUUGUAUGGACUUCACCCAUCAACAGCAUCCGUAAAGGGUUACCCAUUCUCUAUUCACUUUGUACCUGCACAGUUGGUUAAGCAAGAUCAGGGUCAGGUUAACAACCAUGUUAUAAUGUAUGCACCAUCUCACACUUAUUAGAUCUGGUAGCUUUAGUGCGUAUUGCAAUAUUUCAUGAUAAUGUACAUACUGUACUAUUGCAGUAUUGAUGUAAUAGUUAAGUGCUAUUUGCCAAAUAGAUGAUAAGUUUCAGCUAAUCACAAUGGAGUCAAAAGCUAGAGUAAAGGAUGAAAUAGAAAGCAUGGUCAUUCUUGAGAAAGGAGAAAUUACAGUCCCCCAUUUUUUCAUAUCUGCUUUGACAAAGGAAAAAAUUAGUCCCCUAUUUUUCCAUAUCUGCUGAAUACUUCUGGUAGGUUCAUCAAUAUGUAGAAGAUUUUAAAAUUCAGCCCUUUUACAGUACAUACUAUAUUUAAUACUACUGUAUAGUUGAAAUGUCAUACCACAUGUGCAGAUAAUUGUUCUAUGGAAUUGAAUGGCACUGAGAUAUUGACAUUUUUCAUUACCUGUUAAGGUUCUUUAAAUUUUUAUUGCCAAAUAACAGUCAGGGGCAUUCUUUCCAACUUAAAAAAAAUAUUUCUUAGUAAUAGCUUUGAUUCACUUUGUAUUUUCCUCCAACCCAAAAAAAAAUAUUUCUUAUUAGCAGCUUUGAUUCACUUUGUCUUUUCCUUCAACCCUUAUUCUUUUGAAUACUUCUCUCACAAGGUGACGAAGUGUUUACCACAGCUUCCUUACCUUAAGCUUGCUAAUUCCUACAUCAAAGGAGAAUUUGCAUGUGUAGACUAAAGCUUAAGGCAGUUUACUUGGCUGGUGUAUCUUUGUCAAUUAAACCUCUAAAGAAUUCAGCUUAGCCUAAGAGUAGAACAGAAAAAAUGUUUGAGAUAGAUUUGUGGUAUUUUGCAAAUUUUUCUCUUGUGAACUAUUACUGAAAAAAGUGCCUUCUGAAUACUGAAGCAUGUGUAUUAAAAAGAGCCGUUUCUGUUUCACAGAAUCAACAUACCUAUUAGUAUACUGUAUUCUUUUCUUGAAUUUCCAUAGACCAUAUAAUGGGAAAAAAAGAAAACCAUACUUGAUGAACAUAAAUUCUUAUGUAAAUUUUUUGCAACUAAAUAUUCAGACACCAAAGAUAAUGUUAUGUACAGUGCUUAAUCACCUAGGUGUUUUCACCUUGAAAAAAAAAUAUAUAUCAAAACAACAAAAUAAACCUUUAACAACAUUAUCAUUUAAUAUACAUUCCUGACAUAAGCCAUAUGAAAAUAGUUCAAAAUUUCUUUUAACAUUAUAAUACAUUUGCAUAAAAAACUCUACCUACACUUAUGUGCAGUGUUCUGUUAUAAUACCCACAUCAAACAUUUUACAGACUAUCCUGUUUUUUCCAAAGAAUUAUAAUAUUAACAUUAGAGAUUUGGCCUCAAAUGGAUGACUAACUUUUGCCCCAUAAAGAGAAACAUGUUACAGAAUCUAUGAUUGUAUCUCACUGUUCAGGACUUAGUACAAAUAAUCUUAUUUGUCAAUGACCAUUAAAGAGUAUCAUGCACCUUGUGAAA